AUGGCCCAACGGCAUUCAACCACCUUUCCGGGGGGCCAAAGUCCCCUCCUGGACCAUCAACCCAUCAGCAACAACGGCUUGUCUCCGGGUGGGAAAUGCGUCUCUGUGACCUCGUUGGAGGAUGCCGGCCACCCGGCCGAGCCCUCGCCCCCGCUCUCCAUUCCGCGGCGGGUCAUCCUGAGCACGGAAAGCCCGGCCGCCCUCAAGGUGGGCACCCAGCAGCUCAUCCCCAAGAGCUUAGCCGAAAACCCCAAGUCCAAGCUUCCCGCCCGCCCCCAGAGCUUCUCUGAUGGGGUGGUGGGGGGCAGAGAGGGGGUCCGCUGCGACCCCAAGCGCUUGUCGGCGCCCAGCCUUUCCCUGGAGGAUGAACUGGAGGACGAGUUGGACGCAGGCGAGGGGACGCUGAAGCGCAACCUGCGCAGCCUGUCCUACCGGGCGGCCAUGAAGGACCUGAAGAACGGGGCAGGAGCCGAGCCGGUCAGGGCCCCGGAGGGUCUCAGGCCGGUGCUGGAAGACGCCAAGCCCCCCGCUAGCCGGGCCCCGGCCAGGAACAAGCGGACUCUGGGGCGCAAGCGCCUGCAGCACCACGGCGGUUCGUUCAAAGACGACCCCCGUUUGUAUCAAGAGAUCCGAGAAAAAGGCCUCAACUCCAUCAACCACGAGUCGGACGAUGACCUCCUCGACCUGGACGCCAUUCCUGAAGAACAUCCGCCUGCCAUCGUGGUGAAAAACUACCGUCCUGCUCACGCCACCUGGAGCCAGCAGCUCGAGGUCCUGGAAAGCGGCAUCUUGGACUGGAUAACCCCAGAAGAACGUAAGAGGCAAGAGGCCAUCUUUGAGAUCAUCACCUCUGAGUAUUCCUACCUCCAUAGUCUCACCAUCCUGGUGGAGCAUUUUCUGAAAUCAGCCGGCCUGCGCGAGACCAUGACCCAGACCGAGCACCAUCACCUCUUCUCCAAUGUGGGGGACAUCUUGGCGGUCAGCAAGAGCUUUUUUGAGGACUUGGAGAAGAGGCACCGAAAGCACGUGCUGAUUUCCGACAUCAGCGAUGUAGUGGAAGCGCACGCCUCCGGACACUUUCACCCCUACAUCAUCUACUGCUCCAACGAGGUCUACCAGCAGAGGACCCUCCAGAAGCUCUUGUUCAAACUGGUGAAGAGAUGCAAUGAGGGAGCCCACACCAUGGAAAGGACCGAACAGAUGUGCAGUUUGCAGAACCAGCUGGAUUUUGGAAAAGCCAAGAACUUCCCCUUGAUCUCAACUUCCCGGUGGCUGUUGAAAAGGGGGGAGGUCUCGCUCCCCCCGACAGAAGACGGGGGGAUUUUUCGGAAAGGGUCCGGGCGAGGAAACUGCUACCUCUUUGUCUUUAAUGAUGUCCUGAUCAUCACCAAGAAAAAAAGCGAGGAGAGCUACUCCGUCCUUAACUACUCCAUGUUGGAACAUCUCUCGGUUGAGAAGAUCGAAACCCCGGACAGUCCGACCGGCCUCGGCCGCAGCGGCUACCUCUUCCGCCUCACUUUGCGAAAGGACAGCGAAGGCAAGUCGGAGGAGGUCAUCCUGGCCGCAGAAUCCCGAAGCGACAGGGCCCGAUGGAUCAGCGCGUUGAUGCACCGAGAAGAAAAAGAGACCAGCACAGCAGAGAAAGGAGCACUCCAACAGGUAGAGAUCACCAGAGCUUAUCUGGCGAAGCAGGCGGACGAGAUUUCGCUCCAUCAGACCGACGUGGUCCUUGUCUUGAACAGCGAAGAGGGCUGGUAUUUGGGGGAGCGCCUGCGGGAUGGAGAGAAGGGCUGGUUCCCGCAAGUCUGCGCCCAGGAGAUCACCAACCGCGACGCCGUCGAACGCAACGUCCAGCGCAUGGAACGGCUGCGCAUCGAGACCGACGUGUGAGAGGUCGGAGAGGGUCACGCCUUGAUCCUGGUGGAUGCUGAGGGAAUUGGAAGGAAUUUCAAAGGCCCACGUCUCUUCCUCCUGGACCGAACAAGGACUCCAGUCUUGGGUUUUUUUUUAAAUAAACUGGAUAGUAGGAGAACCACUGCCUUAAAAUCCACUUUUAACUCUUCCUGCCAAGAGCAGCAUUUCAGAACGGGUGCUGCAUCCUAAAAAAGAGGUCGGCAACUGACAGCCGUUGAAGAAAGCCUACCCUUUUUAUAUAUAUUUUUUUCUUUUAAACCACGGAACAAGACUCAUUUUUACGGCAAUUUUUUAAGGCUCGUCAUAUCUUAAAUCUGCUCUUUUUUCCCCAUCAUUCCUCAGGGCUCCCUUUUUAGUUAAAAUUCCCCAGAGAAGCCUCUGUUCUAAGGGCCCCACCGUUUAAUCCUGUACAUAAUAAUAAUUUUUUCCCUCCGUAAACUGUUCAAAGAUUUGUACGACACUGUGACUGAUUCCCUUUCCCUUGUCUACACCACAGCCCGAUCGUAUGGGACCGUUGGGUGAGCUGUAUACUAUUUUACAAAAUAAUAUUCUUUGAAUAAAACAAGUAGGGAUUUUUUUUUUCACGUGGCAUGGCUCUUAAUCUCAAAUUACCACUUGGGAAAUACAACUUUUGGUGAAGAUUGCAAAACUAAACGGGCUGGUUUU